GGUAGUAAAUGGUCUUGGGGGACAGAACAAGAUAAUUCUUUUAAAAAAAUAAAGCAAAUUCUUGCUUCGGACCGCGUUCUGGCUCAUUUUAAUCCUCACGCUAAAAUCAUUUUAACAGUAGAUGCAUCACCAAGCGGAUUGGGGGCGAUUUUAUCACAGGUUGAGGCAGACGGAGUGGAGAGGCCUGUAUCUUUCGCAUCACGGACACUAAACAGCGCGGAGAAAAAAUAUUCUCAAAUUCAAAAAGAAGCUACGGCAAUUAUCUUUGGUGUCCGUCGUUUUCAUCAGUAUGUAUACGGCCGAUCUGUUCCGUUUGUUUUACGUACCGACCACAAGCCUCUCUUAUCAAUAUUUGGACCCUAUCGCGGGAUACCAGAAGUAUCUGCUAAUAGGUUACAACGCUACGCCAUGUUUUUAAGCGGCUACAAUUAUACUAUAGAGUAUAUACGCAGCGCAGAAAAUAGCGCUGAUUUUCUCUCUCGCGCCAGUCUGCCCGAUCAGGACUCGCGCGCGAUUAGUGAUAACAGACAACUCGCCGGCUGCGAUGACCGUGCGUCAUAUGUUUAUUUUACAACAGAUGAUAGUUUACCGGUAACGCUUCACGAAAUGCGCGAGGAAACCAUGAGAGAUGCAACACUGAGUAGGGUUGUAAAAUAUAUUUUAGGUGGUUGGCCGCAAAAAGUGACGGAUGUUGCAAUUAAACCGUAUUUUGUGUGUAGAACACAGCUAUCAACGGAAAAAGGGUGUGUUAUGCGAGGCCAUAAAAUAGUUAUUCCAAAUAAAUUAAGGGAUACAAUAUUAACUGAACUGCACAGUGCACAUUUAGGCAUUGUCAAAAGUAAGGCUGAGGCACGAAGCAGGUUUUGGUUUCCAGGAGUUGAUGAGGCUAUAGAGAAGAUGAUUGCCAGCUGUAAGGUAUGUGCUCAGCUUAGACCGUCGCCCGUGCGCGCUCCGCUCGCGCCGUGGCCACACCCGCCGCAGCCGUUCUACAGGAUUCACAUAGAUUUUCUCGGCCCUAUUAAUGGACAGUCGUAUUUAGUGAUUGUAGACGCGUAUACUAAGUGGGUGGAGGCUUAUCAUAUGACGAGCACGUCUACGACGGCGGUGAUUUCUAAAUUAUACGAAUUCAUUUCGAGAUACGGAUUACCACAUACCUUAUGUUCACAGAGUAAAGCAUACCAGGGUACAAACGUACAAGUAUAUAGUCCGGGAGACAAUGUACUUUAUAAAAAAACAAAUGUUAAUAAACAAUUUUCAUGGAAUAGAGGACUAAUUAUAAAAAGAAUCGGAAAAGUUGUUUAUUUAGUUAAGGACCUUGUCACAACAGAGCAAUAUAAAAAACACAAAAAUCAGUUGUUAUUAUACAAAGGUACAGACCACACCACCCACCAUCCAUGGAACUGUCCGAUAGAACCGCUAGAUGUAAUUCCUUCGGUGCCAGGGAAUUACAGGAACCAAGAGGAGACAUCUCACCAUAAUAUUAUGGAAGAAAUCUACCCAUCUGCGCCACAACCUGAUGGGCCACAGCGACAACUUGAAGGGGAAGAAGAUGCGGAUGAAUUCCAUGAGGCAGAGGAAGCGGCAGUCGACGCUGCGAGCGAGGAGAGCGCUCAGCAGCUGCCAGCGCCCCCAACAACGUCAGACAGACCCCUAUUCGAUGGGCGGUUGCGGUCUGUACCACGGGUAGACUACAAGAAGUUUUUCUAUAUAAAUAUGUUAAGUAAAAGCUAAAAGGGGAGGAACUGUUGUAUAUGUGUUCCAAUAUCUAUGUGUGAGUGGUUGCGUCCACGCACGGUUGCAUAUUUAUGUAUGUGUUUGAUAAAUAAAGGUCAGUGUGUUCUAAACCAUCUUUGAUUCCACACGUCCAUAUAUCGAUACGUA